AUCAAUAUCACAAUUCAGUAGUAUAAAAAAGCCAAUGUGUAUUAAAUAUAAUGAGAUGUGAGAUAUUAGUGUGAGCCCUGAGGAAUAAUCUAUCAGUUAUUGAACUCUAUCAGGAUCGAGUCAUGUGUGAUGUGAAUUAUGUGACCAGUAAAUACUGUUAAGACAUGACUGUGAGAAUGAAGUGAAAAUGGAAAAUAAUGUGAGAAAAUAAUCCUGUUUCAACAACUGUCCUAAACAGAAAGGAAAAAGAAAUAUAGGAAAAAGAGACACUGUAUAAGAGAAAAACUGAAAUAAUAUCUGUAAAAAUAAUUAUAGUAGCAAAAGAGCUGUUCAGAAAAUGAUCAGAGACUGAACUGGAAAAGGAAGAAAAACAAUAACAGUGAAGGGGAACGUUAUAAAGAUAUGUAAGGAAUGGGGGGUAAAGGUGAGAAAAUAAGAGGAGGUAACAAAAGAGAAUAAAAAGUCAGGAAAUACUUUUCUUGGGACAAAUUUGAUCGGAUAUGAUGCUUUAACACAAAAGCCAAGUACACACGAUGGGUGUGGUAAUAUGGCGGCUUGGACGCUUCACUCGUCUGGACAGCGCAUAUUGGCCAGUGAGCUCUCCAGAUGUUUUAUGUAGAGGUCAGUGGUUCACACUGGAUAAUGGUGCAUGAAAGAGAUGAUAACAGAAUGUAAGUCAGUGAUCGGGUGAAUUUGUUUCUUACAGCAUUAAUACUGAAAGAAGCUGAAGAGCUUUAAUUUUUCAAAUCAGCAGAAAGAGGAGAGAAACGAGCCAGUACAGGAUAAAAACAGACUUCAUGAGAACAGCUACAGAAUGUUUAUAGAUAAUACUAUUGGAUCAAAUACAGAGAAAUUUACAGAAAAUAACGAUGCAUUUUUAAUAAUCUCAACAAUCUUACCUUCCUUUUGUUUUUGUUUUUCAUCUCAUCAUCUCGAUAAAGAUGUUCAGGUUUCCCAGAACGACAGAAAAUGGACAGAAGAUGAGAGAAUGAAAAUGGAGAAAUCUGCUUUCCUGACUGAAUAUAAAGAUGAAAAAGGUCUUUGUAUUGAAUUUAAAAAGAAGAUCGGGAAACUGAAAGAAACUGAAGAAGAGUUAAAAAACACUCAGCUGGAACUGGACAACACGUCUCAAUCACUGAAACUUAAAGACCAAGAGCUAGAGGACUGUAAAAGACAAAUGAAGCAUAAAGAUACAGAACUGAAAAGCAGAGAGAAAAUCAUUGAGGAGAAAGACGCACUACUCAAAGAGAGAAAUACAGAACUAGAGAAGACGACUAAAGAACUGAAACAGAAAGACAAACAGAUACAGGAGGCACAAAUCCAAGUGGAGGAAAAGGAGAAAAGAUUUGUGGAGAAGAAUAAAGAAUUAGAUGAAAAAAACAAACAGCUUGAAGAGAAAGAGAGACUUCUAACUGAGAGAGAGACACAGCUGAUGGAAAGAGACAAACAGCUUCAGGAGAAAGACCGACUUCUAGAGGAGAAAACAAAGCAGCUGCAGGAACAGACAGAUCCAGAAUCAUCAGCCCCCAUCAGGAGAAGAAACAGCAAGGAAGGGUUACAUCCAAACAUGAGUGGAGAGACUCAGGACUCAGCAGCACCAAUCAGGAGAAGAAACAGUAUGGAUGGAAUUCGUCCACUGUUGAGUGGAGAAUCGUCUCGUCCAGAUUCUCCAGUGUCGGUUCCUGUACCAGAACUGAGACUGGUGCUGCUGGGGAGGACGGGGUCUGGGAAGAGUGCAGCAGGAAACACCAUCCUGGGCAUAGAGGAGAGGAACCAGGCUGCUACAGCUACAGCUACAUUUCCAUCCACCCAGCAGAGUGAGAGCACACAGAGAGAGGUGGCUGGGAGGAAGGUGACUGUGGUGGACACUCCUGACUGGUUCUCUUCUGAACUGUCUCUGGAGAAACUGAGAGAAGAUGUGGGCCUCUGUGUCCAUCUGUCUGCUCCAGGACCCCACGCCUUCCUCCUGGUCAUACCUGUAAAGCAGCCUACAGGAGAGGAGAGAGGGAUGCUGGAGAAAAUGGAGGAGAUUUUUAGAGAGAGAUGUUGGAGAAACACCAUGAUCAUAUUCAGUGUUACUGAUGAACUUCAGAAGAAGAACAUUGAGGAGUUUAUCCAGUCAGGAGACCAGGAGGUCCAGAGACUUGUAGAAAAAAGUGGGAGCAGGUUUCACUGUCUCAACAUUAAGGAGGGUGGAGAUGAUUCUCAGGUCUUAGAGCUGCUGGAGAAGAUAGAGAAGAUGGUGGAAGGAAGCAGAGAGAAAUUCUACAGCAGUGAGAUCUACCUGGAGACAGAAUCUCAGAUCAGAGCGAUAGAGACAAAGAUCCUGAAGGAAAGAGAAGAGAAAAGGAUGAGAGAGGAGAUGGAAAUGAAGGAAAAAAUAGAAAAGGAGGUGCAGGAUUCUCUGAGAAAGAUAGAGGGAGUGAUCCAGGAGCAUGAAGGAGACAUCAGACAACUUAAUGACCGGACAACUGAACUGGAAAGAAAGAUGAAAGAAGAGAGGGAUGAAGAAAAAAAGAAAGAACUUCAGAGGGAGCUGAAACGAGAGGUAGCGCGAAGGACAGAAAUGGAAGAGAAGGUGAAGAAACUAAAAGAAAAGAGAGAGCGGGAGAGGAGAGAGAUGGAGGAGAGACACCAAAAGGAGAUGGAGGAGAUCAGGGAGGUGUAUGAAGGAGAGGUCAGGAUGGAGGCAGAGAGAAACAUCAUGAAGAUCAUCCUGCCUGAACUCCAGAGAAACAUUUUGGCCUCAAAAACAAAGAUGCAGGAAGAGUUCAACAGAGAGCUGGAGACUCUGAAACAGAAAAAUUCAGAGCUCUUGGAGAUUCUCAGACUGAGGGAAGAAGCGUACCAGACAACAGUAAUGAGCAUAAUCUAUCAGAACCAGCAGCAGGUUUAAGCUGAGUUUACGCCGCUUGUAUGACUUUGGGCUUGAAUUUGCUGUUGUAGGCAAAAAUCACACGUCAUAACAGAAUUCUUUUAUUGUUACUUCAGAUCAGAAGUCUUAUAUUUCAGAACGUGACGUGCUCAUCAGUGGGUUAUUUUCUUUCACUGUAAACAAAGACAGUCAUUGAUAAAGUUAUGGCAUUUUGAACAUUGAAAUGUCAGAGUGAAAGCGCUGCUCGGACGUUCAUCUAAACCUCACUAACAGGAGGACGGUACAGGAUUCUACCAAACUCACAGAACACGAACAAAUAUGGUCGUAGCAGUGGUGAAAAACUGUGACGAGGAUGUGUCAUGUUUUAAUGAAUAAAUACCUUGAAUCAUUGGUAAAUUGCUGUGGUGUGAGAGGAAUACGAGUUGUUCUAAGAAAAUAAUCAACUUCCAGGUGGGAACAGGAACCCGAUCCUUAAUUAUUUUGCUAUAACUUCACACACCCAAGUGUUUUAUUCCAUCAUUGUGCUACUACGGGGAGGAAAUAAUGAUUUAAACACAGGAACUGAAAUCGUGUAAUGACACACUUUCCCUGUGUUUAAUAAUGUUAUAGUGUCACUUUUUCUUUUUAAACUCUGUUCUCCUGGUGUCUGGUUCUGCUCCUUAAUUCAUGCCUCGUGUCUGUAAUCGAAACAGAACUGACGAAUGAAGGACACAUUUCUACAUCCUCUAGGUGUAAUCCUGUUGAAUGUAUAUUUUUAAUUUAAGGUGUAUGGAUUGUUUUAUGUCAAAUUCACAGUGUAAUUGUAAUAAAUCCCUCUACUUUUUGCA